AUGCUAUUUACUCUAAAAUUCCAGAAGGAAGAGGUUCAAGCACCGGUUCCAUCAAACAUUCCCACUGAAGUCCUUCGCGAAGUGGAUGGAGAAAAACUGCUUGACCGCACAACUUUCUUUACCGAAUUUUCCACGAACGCUUAUCUUGAUGACUUCUACACAAAAGUUGACGAUCCCGCCAUGCAAAUGGUCCUUACUUUUUUGCCGAACAUCGUCGCGAGAGUUGGGAAAGUUAACAAGGUUCUCGAUUUUGGGGCGGGUCCAACUGUGCAUGUCGCAGCGUGCUAUCGAGAGAUGGCUAACGAGAUCUACCUUGCCGACUAUCUGAAACAAAACCGCGACGAACUUGAGAAAUGGAUGAACGGUGAGUCGACUUUCGAUUGGACCGUUCCAUUCCGCAUGAUCCUUUCAAGAGAAGGCAUCACCUGGGAUAAGGUUAAAGAAAUCACCCCAGCAACUCGAGAUAAGGUCAGAGGUAUUUACUACUGCGACUGCUUCUCCUCGCCGUCUGUCGAGUGUCCAAAUGAGCUGCAAGGCCAAUUCAAUGUUGUUGUCACCAUUUUUUGCGUCGAAUAUUGCUGCAACAAUCAUGAAGAAUAUUAUAAGGCAAUUAAGAAUAUUGCGGAUCAGGUGAAGCCAGGAGGAUAUUUGGUCUACGGCGGAAUCUUUGAGGAAACCUGGUGCAGCUUUGGCGGUCGCAAAUUCACAUGUUUGUACAUAACUAAGGAAUUGAUGUUGGAUGCGCUUGCCAAAGCCGGACUUUAUGUUGAGAACGAUCGUACAUGUGUUCUCUAUGAGGUCAACGGAAUGUUCCUCGUCUGUGCGAAGAAACGCGAAAACUAG